AUGUGCAGACCUAUUCAAGAACAAGCCUUCCAAUCCCAGCCUAACCUCAUCAGAAAGCUAGGUGGAGAAAGUGAAAUGGGCUUCCUUCUUAUGAACUUUUGCGACAGUAUCAACGAAGAUGCCGACUUGCAAAUGGUAUUCGGCCAUAUGAGCAUGACACGAUUGUCAGCUGUCAUGAGUGACCUCAUCAAGUCUGCUUUGGAAAGUAACUUUGUGGUUGAUGGUGAUGCACGCCUUCGUGUCAUCAUGAAGAACUACGCCGUUUUCGAACUGGGUAUCAACACCAAACAGUUCAAGAAACUCAAGACCCACUUUGAGACUGCUCUACAGGGCUCGUGGGUCGAAGAGGAUAUUCUCGAGGAAUGCACGCAGCGAUUUGCAGCCUUGCGAAUAGUCUUCGAAGAAGAAGGAAAGGACUUUGAGCGAACAGCAAUGGCAACCAGAGUCUUGGCCGCUCAGCUCGUGGUCUGA